AUGUUCUCCCCUAAGGAUUUACUUUCUAUAUCCCUGCUACUCUCUUUUGUUGUCACUUCUCCGGUUCCCUCUAUCAGCCAUGAUGACUCUGAAACUGGGUUCUCUUUGCUAAAGAAUCGCCAACUCAGCUGGUCCCAGGCUACAUGUUCAGUAAAGGAGAUCACGGAUGCGUCGUAUAAACCUAACCUGCGCUGGGACGCCGUCGAUGCCCGGAGCGCUUGGUCUGCUGUUGCAAACUCUUGGAACUCCAAAGCUCCUUUGGAGAACCAGAAUACUCUUCCUUUCCCCAUGGCCGUCAGCAACUUCUUCCAUGGCCCGGAGCACAUGAACUGUCAAGAUGUGGGAGACGGCUACUUGAUCCUCAACUCCUUCGUUUCGAUUCAUCAGAUACAUCAGAAUCGUUACAAUGGUCUUGACUCUGCUAUGAAUCAGAUGCAGAGCUCUAUGGGAAAGUUCACUGAGACUUUCGCGCCCCAGCUUGUAGACUCUGCGGCUGUCCUGCGAGAAAUCCUUAGCUCGUUCGCUUUUGUGAUUGGCCUUGGAUCGGCAUACAGCUGGAACACUGUUAUCAAGACUGCCAAGAUAUUUGACAACGAUGACUGGCGUGGAGUCGCCAAGGAUGCGUUUAACAGUGCAAUAACGCUUUCCAUCACGAUGGCUCGCGACCAUCUUCCCACUGCCUCAGAUCUCCAGAAUGACUUGACUGAAGCUAUGGGAAACUUUAUCGGCAGGUGGAUGGAAGCUGAGGCUAGCUACGUCAACAAGAUCUUCUCGGGUGCGGUGGGAACGAUCUCUGACCUGUACGGCCUCAUCCAGGAUGGCAUACAAGGCGCUGUCCCAACUGGAACCGACCUUGCCACAUUGAAGAAUGAGGCCCAAAAGAUUGUUUACACCAAGAUGAUACCAGCAGCUUGGAAAGCGGCGCCCGGAGAUUAUAGCCCCUUUAUCCUAGUUUCCGACAAUCCCUGCAGCUCUCAGGCAGAGGGAGAUCUCGCGGGCCAUAUCGACGACGCGACGGCGGCUCAGACGCACGUCUGCUACGACAACAAGAUCUUCUACGUAGUCACUCCCCAAUGGAUAAACAAUCGUGGAAAGCUUGAGGAGUGGAAGCUCAACAGUCUUCCCGGCGGAACGUACGACAAUCUCAGCAACGGCAAUUGGGGUGGGGCCACUCUCGACGACAUUGUCAUUAGUUCUUGGGAUGGAUAUAAGCUGAACGGAAACAAGAACGGUUAUCAGCUUCCCGAGGCUUCUGAUGCUAUCGAUGGCAAUGGUAAUGUGGGCAACCUGAUAUUUGAAGCUGGUGUGCGCACCCCUGGCUUCAGUAGCAUGCCGAUCUGUGAUGUGAACACGUUGGUGCAGAAUCUGAAGAACUGUAACCGGAACUACGAUGGAUUCCCUUGCCGCAAGCUUCAGUACGCUAACUCUUGCAAUUGA